AUGGCUUCAGCACAAUGGGAUGCCGAAAAGGAUCGGCAACUCUGGAAAGUUAUAUCCAAGUCGUCAAAGACUAGUGAUUUGAACUGGGUUGAGUUAGCGGACAAGUUUCAAGUUCCGCCUACCUUUCUUCUACAGCAAGCAGCAUGGUUGUACGAAAGGCAUCUUGACCAUGUUCGAAACCAGAUGAAGAAGGUCAGCAUUACAAAUGCUGUUCCGUCAUCACCUACAGUCGGCAGCACCAUGACUGCUGUGGGUGGUGUGGCCAUGCGAAGAGGCGGUAGCGCCGGGUCUGGGGCUGGAAGGACACCACCUGCCUUGGCUGGGCGUUCGAGAGAAAGCCCUAGUUUGCGUAACGCAGAAGUGGCGACGACUCCCGCUCCUUCUCUUUCGAGGACACCCUCUACGACUACAAUCACUCAGUCUCGAGCACAUGCUCAGGCGCCUGCUCGAACACUAUCUACUCGGUCUACCCAGCGUCCCAACCUAACAAGCCGAAAGUCAGAGGAAAGGACUCAAGCCUCAAACUUUCCUCACCCAAGUUACAGAAAUGAUGAGGAUGUCUCACCUGAGAUCCCAGAAUCAUCAUCUUCAAGCUCAUCCUCUUUGUCGGAUGCGGACCAUCCAGUUCACCGCAGUCAGUUGUUUAAGAGACCUCCUCGUUUCCAACAGAAGCGCCCACGAGAUCUUGCUACAUUUGAUGAGGGCGAUGGUGCGCAGGAGUUUGAUGAGUCUGGUUCUCAUGAGACGAGUUUGCCCUUUGCAUCUGCAGCAAGAACGCAACCAAGUAGCAGCAAAUUUGCACAGGACGCACAGUUUCGCGGUAGUACCAAAGCAGAGCAAAAGGCUGUACUUCCCCAUCGCUCUAGGACCGACCCACCAUCCAGACAAAAGUCAAUUGAUGUACAGUCCCUUACCACUGAGACAGCGUCGUCAAUGACCAGCUCAGGCGGGCCUCCAUCGGCAGCGAAGAGUCCUAUGAGUCCACCUCUAGGCCAUCGUGCAGCGUUAGGUCGGCUUGGUAGCCCGAGGAGUGGUGGGCCACGAUCUAGAAAAGAAGGCAGUGAAGGCACUCCUAGUAUGGGAAGUAGCUUCAGUGAUAUUGAUGAUGCUGGAAUUAGCCAGUCGGCUCUCGAGGAAGCGCUGCUGAGCAACAUGCAACAUGGGCGAAUGAGCACAUUGAGUCGCAUGUCGAAGUGGUAG